ACUUGUUAUUUCCUUCUUGCAGUUCCAUGAUGGAAGCGAACACGUGUGAAGCGGACUCGGAAGCCGACUGGAUGUCAGUCACGCUGUUCCGUCCGUCGCUGGAGACAAUGCGUGUGGACUGAAGGGUAUUUCGGGGUGUCGGCAGAGAGAGGUGGGCGUGUUGGAGCCGUUUUACGUCGAAAGCCUCGGUGACGAACGGAGCGAACUCCUCCUCAGACUGAUACUAGUGUAUUUAUCGCCCCUCCUGGAUCCGCGUUCAUCUUCACCAGCGCUCACCGCACCGAUCGAGACCACAGGGAUGAUCACCCGGCUCCUAUUGCUAACUCCUCAUUAAACACAGGCAUUAAAGGACGCUUCUGCAGCGGGGUGCAAGAGAACACCGUUGUUAAUCUGGAAACGUGGUUAAAAGAUACUUUUGUUCACAUUUUUUUUUUUUUUUUUUUUUUUUUUACAUUGCUUGAACUCCGGUUGACCUGGUGUCAUUUUUUUUUUGUCCCUUAUGUCCCGAAAAUCUUCCGACAAUGACUACACCCUUCGUAGCAUGAGCAAUCUGAUGGGGGAGAGGAGAAAGACCGCCGAUGAUGGGGAGCGCAGUCUUAUCAAGGCUGCUUCCAGCGGCAGUCUGAGCAGCCAGGCCACCGGGGCCGCCUCCUCCGGCCACCUGGAGCGAGCUGCCCGCAAGCAGUUCCAGGGAGAUGCCACGCCGACGUUUGUGUACAUCCUGGUGGUGUUCUCCGCCCUGGGGGGCUUCUUGUUCGGCUACGACACCGGAGUGGUCUCGGGUGCGAUGCUCCUGCUAAAGAAGGAGAUGAAUUUGAGUGCCAUGUGGCAGGAGGUACUGGUGUCAAGUAGCGUGGGCGCAGCGGCACUGUCCGCCCUGGCCGGCGGCUUUCUGAACGGGCUCUUCGGGCGAAGGGUAUGCAUCUUGCUGGCGAGCUCCGUCUUCUCCACCGGAGCAGUAGUGUUAAGCGCGGCCCCUAAUAAGGAGGUUCUUUUGGUCGGAAGAGUUAUUGUUGGAGUGGGAUUAGGUAUUGCGUCAAUGACGGUGCCAGUCUACGUUGCUGAGGUAUCACCCCCGCACCUGCGUGGCCAGUUGGUCACCAUUAACACGCUCUUCAUCACUGGUGGCCAGUUCAUCGCCAGCCUUGUUGUCGGGGCCUUCAGCUACCUGCACCGUGGCGGCUGGAGGUAUAUACUGGGCCUGUCCGUGGUGCCAGCAGCACUCCAGUUCUUCGGAUUCCUGUUCCUGCCAGAUAGUCCACGUUGGCUCAUCCAUAAGGGCCUGACUCAGCGGGCCCGCCGCAUGCUCAGCCAGAUCCGUGGCAACCAGAGCAUCGAUGAGGAGUAUGACAGCAUUAAGAGCAGCAUCGAGGAGGAGGAGAAGGAUGCAGCAGGAGGAGGCCCAGUGAUCUGGCGCAUGCUGGCGUACCCCCCUGCCCGCCGGGCACUCAUCGUAGGCUGUGGGUUGCACAUGUUCCAGCAGCUCUCGGGCAUCAACAUUAUCAUGUACCACAGUGCCACCAUCCUGCAGAUGUCGGGAGUGCGGGACGAGAAGAUGGCCAUCUGGCUCACGGCGUUCACAGCCUUCACCAGCUUCCUACUCACCCUGGUGGCAGUGUGGCUGGUGGACAGGGCGGGCCGCAGACGGCUGACACUGGGCAGUAUUGCCGGUACGGUUAUGAGCCUGGCACUCCUGGGAGUCGGAUUCCUCCUAUCCGCCCGGAACUCUCCGUCCGUCACCGCGCACCCAUCUGUACUCAAUUCCUCAUGCUCACAGUAUGGGUCAUGUGAGCCGUGCAUGCUGGAUCCCAACUGCGGGUUCUGUUUCCAUGAGAACGGCACAGCGGCGUUCAGCUCCUCCUGCCUGCCUGUCAGUCACGCAUCCCCAGAGGCUGCGGCAUGGGGCAGAUGUUCCCAUGGAACCCAGAUGAGAGAUGGGAUCUACUGGGCCUUCAAUUACUGUCCUACCUCCUACUCCUGGAUUGUGCUCCUGAGUCUCAUCCUGUACCUGGUUUUCUUUGCUCCUGGCCUGGGGCCCAUGCCAUGGACAGUCAACUCAGAGAUUUACCCUCUGUGGGCCAGAAGCACAGGCAAUGCCUGCUCUGCUGGCAUCAACUGGACCUUCAGCAUCCUGGUGUCACUGACCUUCCUCCACACCACACAGUACCUAACUUACUACGGUAUGUUCUUCCUCUACACCGGCCUGACCCUGCUGGGCUUCUUCUUUGUGUUCGGGUGCCUGCCGGAGACCAAGGGCCGCAGGAUGGAGGAGUGCGAGUCGCUGUUUGAGAGUCAGCUGUGCUCGUGUGGCGCCUCUGAUGCAGAAGAGGGCCGACAGAUAGAGUACAUCCGAGUGAAGGGAAGCAACUACCACCUCUCAGACAAUGACGCGUCUGACGUUGAGUAGCCAAGGCCAGCCUGCCGCAGAACGUUCUGGAUAAAGAAAGGUACCAUUGGGAUAAAUGACCCAAAUCCCAGUCCACCUCAGCAGUUAAUCUCACAAUUUUCCAUCGUAUUCCAGUAGGCUCCUGUGUGCGCAUGACAAAGGCACACAUUUAAAAUAUCGCUGAGGUACCAGUGCUGUAGCACUGAUACACUGGACAAUGUAACAAUGUUUGGUGGGUCUGCAUUUCACAAAAGGGGAUUAGUCUCCAAGUCCAUUCCAUUAUGUCAGCGUUAACUCUGCUUGCAAUGCUGCAAAAUAGCCUUGUUCAGUUUUAUUUGGACAAUUUAAUUACUUAGUUUACCUCCUUUCUUUUUUUUCAAUGUAGAUUCUAGAUUUAGACAAUUCAAUUACUUAGUGCACAUCAUUUUU